AGCCCCAAGGCCGGGCAGGUGGAGCGCCGGGCGCGUCACCGCAGGCCGCUCCUGAUUGGCCGGCCGCCCCGGGAUCGGCGCCGCCGGAGUAACGGGAUCCCGGCUGCGGGACGCGGUCCAGAGGAGACGCGAGAGGAGCUGAGAGCCGGGCCGGGACGCGUGCACCAUGCCCUACCUGCUCAUCAGCACUCAGAUCCGCACGGAGGUGGGCCCCACCAUGGUGGGCGAUGAGUACUCGGAUCCAGAGCUGAUGCAGCAUCUGGGAGCCGCCAAGAGAAUUGUCCUUGGAAACAACUUCUCUGAGUACUACGUCAACGACCCUCCUCGCAUCGUCCUGGACAAGUUGGAGCGCAGGGGCUUCCGGGUGCUGAGCAUGACCGGAGUGGGCCAGACGCUGGUGUGGUGCCUGCACAAGGAGUGACCCUCACGGAGGGGCUGCCCCCCCCCCGCCUUCUCCCACUCAGCCGGCCUGGGGGGAUGGGGGCAGCAGCCCUUGUCCCCGUGUUCCCAACUGCCCUACAGCUUCAGGCCUGGCCUUGACCAGCUGUGCUCUGUGGGUUGGCUGCCCCUGUCAGCAGCUGGGCCCCCAGUGGAGGGCGCCCUAGGCCCGGGUCCUUGGAAGCUAGUCCCCCCCCCCC